CUCCUCCUCCUCCUCGCCUUCCUCCCGCUCUGCCGCCGCGCCGCCGGGCUGCUCCAGCUUCCUCCCCGGGCGCCCGCUGCGAUGUUCAACCGCGCCGUGAGCCGGCUGAGCAGGAAGCGGCCGCCGUCAGACAUCCACGACAGCGAUGGCAGUUCCAGCAGCAGCCACCAGAGCCUCAAGAGCACAGCCAAAUGGGCAGCAUCCCUGGAGAAUCUCCUGGAGGACCCAGAAGGCGUGAAAAGAUUUAGGGAAUUUUUAAAAAAGGAGUUCAGUGAAGAAAACGUUUUGUUUUGGCUAGCGUGUGAAGAUUUUAAGAAAAUGCAAGAUAAGAAGCAGAUGCAAGAAAAGGCGAAGGAGAUCUACAUGACCUUUCUGUCCAGCAAGGCCUCAUCACAGGUCAACGUGGAGGGGCAGUCUCGGCUCAAUGAGAAGAUCCUGGAAGAACCACACCCUCUGAUGUUCCAGAAGCUCCAGGACCAGAUCUUUAAUCUCAUGAAGUACGACAGCUACAGCCGCUUCUUAAAGUCUGACUUGUUUUUAAAACACAAGCGAACCGAGGAAGAGGAAGAAGAUUCAUCUGAUGCUCAAACUGCAGCUAAAAGAGCUUCCAGAAUUUAUAACACAUGAGCCCCCAAAGAGCCAGGACUGGAAGCGUUAAGAAGCAAAGGAACUUCCUCUCAGGACCGCGCAGGGUUUAUCAUUGCUUUGUUAUUUGUAAGGACUAAAAUGUACAAAACCCUUCCACGGGAUAUGUGUGUUUUAUUAACUGCUUCACCAGUAAGUUUUGCAUGAUGGCUAAGCUAAUAUAAAAAUAAUAAUAAUAACUUGGAAGUUUUCAUUCACAAAA